UGAAACAGGUGUUGCACUGUUGAAUUCACAUUCAAAACCAUGGCUUCAAUAAAAUGCUGAUAGAUAUGUUUUUUAAAUCAAGUCGGUGAAACGAUUUCCUUUUUGUAUACCGAUGUACGCAUGGUGGUACGCUGAUUAUGUAAUGCCAUGUCAACUUAUUUUGGAAGUGGAUUCAGCAUGCAGUAUACUAGCUACUCUUUUGAUUAUUUUGGCAAACCAUAUGUUCAGAAGUUACAUUUGUAGGUGAAUAUUUCUUUUUGUGUUAAAUCGAUAAAAAAUGGAGAUCCGUGUUAUAUUUAGUCAUCUUGAAAAGUGUUUGGUUAUAUUGAUGAUUGUUUUGGACAACUUUUGUGUGAGUUACGGAAACCAGUGUUCAUUUCAAAACGGGAAAUGUACUUACGAGAUAAACCUGUCAAAUUCAAAUACGGAGUGCGAAUCUAAAAGAACGAAGAUUUCAAUGGCAAACGAAAAUGAUCUAUAUGGACAAAAUGAUGAAAAAAUGUCUCGGAUGCAGCAAGAUUUUCAUACCGUAACAGAACAACAUAAAAACAGAAUCGAGGAGUUGGAAGCUUCUGUUCAAAAACUUUUGAGAUCUGCCGUGGCUGGGCCUAUAAGUCAACAAGUUAAAGCGAGACGUGUAGACGAGGACCAGGUCAUUAUUGGAACUCUCCCCCAUGGUACUAUUAACCAUUCUGAAAGUGGAUUACUUAAGAAACUUUACGAUGAAUUUUCAAAUUUACGGACUCGUUUGCACAAAAGAACGUCACAACUUUUAGAUACAGAAUCAAAGUUGAAUGAAACUACACAUUUAUUUACUAAAGCCCAAGACGAGCUUCUCGACCAGGGAGAAAAGCUGAUGAUUGCUGAACACAAAGUAGCGACAAUGGAACAGGAAAGGUAUAUAUUGAAAAAUCAAGUAAAGCACACAACUGAACAAUUCAAAGAAUUACAAAUUAGAUUUAAUGUGACGGAUGCUAAGGUAUUCGAUUUAGAAAACCAACUAUACACAUUGGUCAGAUCAGAGUCAAAUUUAAAAGAAGAACUUGGACUAUAUAAAUGGAAAUUGUCUCAGGUGGAAAAAGCAUAUGGAAUACUGCAAGGAAAUUAUUCAGGAUUACAACAGAAGUUAACCAAGACAGAACAAACACUGCAAAAAGCUGAAUUUGAUCUAAUGGAAUGUUUUACAGCUAAAACACAGAGUUUCUGUGGUUUUGAAGAUGAUAAAGUAUGUGGGUUCACACAAGAAGGAGAAAAGGACGAUUUCGACUGGCUCAGAAAUGUUGGAAAGACACCAUCUAGUGGCACAGGUCCUGAAACGGAUCAUACAUGUGCUGAAAAGAAAAGCGGUCAUUAUAUGUUCGUUGAAGCCUCUGGUAAAAAUAACGGGAAGAAAGCUAUACUAAUAUCUCCAAAAUACAGAGGAUUGAAGUCUCAGUGCCUAUCGUUUUAUUAUCACAUGUACGGUGAACAUGUUGGAACACUUAAUGUCUACACAACAACUGACUUCCAGAAUGAAUUAAAUUCUGUAUGGCGAGCAUAUGGAAACCAAGGAGACGUUUGGAUUAAGUCUACAUUGGAAAUACCCAAAGCUCUAGCAAGAACAGGAUAUCGGGUUAAAUUUGAGGCAGUUACUCGGCUUGGUUAUCGAGGUGACAUAUCGAUUGAUGACGUCAGUGUUGACGAUGGUGAGUGUGCAGAUGGCGCAAUCAAAGUGCAAUAUGAGAAGAAUAGCACGCUAACUAUUGACAGCCAUAACCUUAGACGAUACAAAAAAUUCAGAGACAGAUUGAGCAGGAGAAAAGGUUAAUAUUGAGGAUGAAGCAUCUGGGGGAAAUAACCAGGUGCCAACGUAUAAAUGUAUUUCCGGUGCGUCUUUGAACCGUUUCUUCAAAGCAUAAGGAUGUUUUAUCAGAUCAACAGAUUUUUGUUGAAAAACCUAUGAAUGUCUGACAUGUGGAAGAGAAUAAAGGUGGCUGUGAAUGGAGUCAAUGACUGUUUCAAGUAUAUGAUGUCACUUUGCGUCUAAGUGAUACUUUUUAUGAGCAGAAAUUCUAGAAAUCAUGGAAUCAUAUUCACAAAUUAAAUUGAAUUAGUUAAAAGUAAGGCAUUGGAUCUUUAAUUGCGAUUAAUUGAUUUAAUAUCAUUUAAAGACAAGUUUCCCAUGUAUUUGUUUCAUUCAUUGAGUAUUAAUAAGAAUGGUGUUAAAACCUACUGGAAUAUAAAUUAAUAUAGGUAACAGAGUCUAAUCAUAUAAUUCCAAUAUAUUUUUUAACAAUUCAUAUCAAAAUGUAAUUCAGUGCUGCAUAUUGCAGUAUUAGACAAUUUUGUUAGAAAAAAAACUCAUGAUAGAAUAUUGUAAACUUUACCGGUUUUAAAUUUUAAUAUCGAAAAGAUAACACAAAUAGUUUGUUUUUAGUUUGAUUAAGAAUGCCAUUCUCAUAUAUUUGUAUUUAAAUAUACCCACAGUUGUAACAAAUCUUUCAGUUUUGAGCUAUCUUUAAACAACAUUUAUAUAAUGCGUUUAUAUAUUAAGAAAAUUUAAUGAUGCCAAUAACUUGAAUUACGGGUUCCUACAUACCUGGUAUGAAUUCAACUGCACUAAAAUAAAUAUAUUUUCAAAUGUGGAAAUAUUUACAAGAAAUCCCUAUACAUGAAAUCUGUAUGUCCCGGUGAAAUAUUAUGCACCCACACUCUGUCUUUCUCUCUAAACAAACGUUCCUCUCACAGGUACAAACUCGGGUUGUCAGUUGUAGGUGACUAGAUAUCACCGCCAUUUUCCUUGAUGUACGAUGACAUUUUGUAUUUAAGAUGUUUCAUGUUAUUUUGUGUAUCUUAAAUGUAGCAUAAUUAGCUAUCAUAUCUAAUACUUUACUAAAGUGCUUCUAUAUUGGUCAGAUAUAACAAGUGCAGUAUCAAUAUGUUAAUACAAAAACCUUGAAAAUUAAAAAAAAAGACAUAUUUCUUGUGUCAAUCAAUGUGGACCAUGUUUAACUCACUAUAUCUAAAAUAAUCAAAAUACUAUUUCAUCAUUAUUAUCGUUUUAUACAAAAAAAAAAACAAAAUAAAAAACAGGUGUACAAACUUUACUUUACUUUCUAAGGUAAAAUGUACUGCAAUAUUUUCAAUUGUUUUCGAAUAAUUUUAUUGAUAGGAACGGUUGUGAGUCAUCUUUUAUUGAAAAAAGGACAUUCACGAUGUAGAACGGUGUAACUAGAACUCCCGCUCCAGACUAACAUAGUUAGAAAUGUACUGAAUUACAAGAUUCAUUUAGAAUAUUCUUACAUAAAUUUUAGUAAAAUUCCAGCCGUACCUAUCACGAAAAGAAUGCAUGUGAAAAGUAAAGAUAUGUAAGAGCAAAUGUGUGCCAGAAAGUAAGUCAUUCCUACACUCAGAGUCUGUUUCAUGGCUAUAAUAAAGACUUAGCGUCUUACUUGCAUUCAUGAAGUCCUUGUAUAUCUCAUCAGUUGAACAGUUACUGUACCUCAAUACGCAAAAAAAAAAAAUAAUGUCUUGUCUUUAAUAGUUACUUUAUGGUGCUAUUGAUUCUAUUAUUUUAAACUUUUGUACUUUUUCGAUGCCUUGAGACCUUUUAAAAAUAAAUAUUAAUAUUUUUCAUAAAAAA